UUUAAAGGUUAUUAUAUGUCGUUAUAAUGUUUGUUAAAUUCAGAUGUGUUAAAGAAGUUGCCCACAUGGGGUUUUUAAAUGACAAAACGUAGAAUUAGUGCGGUGUAGCCAUUUGCUGAAAGACGUAGCAGCUAAUUUGUCAAAACAAUGACAAAGGCGUGAUAAUGUCAUAUCAAGAAUACUGGUGUAACAGAAAUAUAUUCUGAAAAUGACUGUCUACCUGUAUGUGUGCACAAUAUGCAGGGUGAUUUCAAAUGGAUUUACUACAGCGAAAGAGGUUGUCAAAGAUGUCUUAGAGAUUAACCACUCAUUAAUGCUGCAACUGAUAAAAUUUGGGGUGACAUUCUUUUCAUAUUUGUGUACUGCUCUCAAUUUUGUGUUCAUUAUUAUUUACACAGUGGUCAUCUGUGUCAAAGAUUUCUUUUUGGACUUCCUUAAUUUCUUGACUGCAUUGACAUACUUGCUGUGGAAGUUUGUGGUUUUGCUGUAUGGAGUUUUUGAUUUAAUAUUCCGUUUGCUAGAAAGCCUAGCUUUUUUCUUGUGGACAGGGGGAAGAUGGACUGCUCAAACCAUUAAAACAUCCGGGCACAAUUUGGCCGAAAAUGGUCUUGUAACCUGGAAGUUAUUUGUUGCAUCACUAAAGGAAUUUACGCAAUCAGUAAUUGAGGGUGUUACAAUGGUUGGUUAUGGUUUUAAAUGUGGUGCUAUAUUUGUUUAUGAAAAUCUGUGCAUAGUAUAUUCUGUUGUUUGUGAUAUCAUUUAUAGCAUUGAUGGUAUGACGAGAAGUGUCAUGCGCUAUUGCUAUGAUGCAUGUUGCUACUUUGUCAAAGAAUGCCUGCUCAACUUGUCACAAGAUGCAUAUAUUGGAAUUAUAAUUGUCUGUCUCACAUUCUACAUUUUCAAGAGCAUGUACAAAAUAAUAACCACAGAAGGUUUAACAUUCCCAGUACCUAGGUGGCGUGGAAGAAGUGUAAUUGUUAUUGACGACAAUCAUGAUUACUUUGAUGAUGGCUCAAGGGCAGAAUUUUCAGAUGACGAAGAUGUGAUAGAUUUGACAGUAACAGAUGACAACGAUUUUGAUGAAGAAUAUAGUGUAGUCUCUGACUAUAGCGAUGAUUCAGAUGGCAGUAUGGAUGAAAUAUCGACAGACGGUGAACUAGAAGUGGACUCUGAGAGUGAUAAUGAAAGCAACGCUCAGAGCGAUAGUGAAAUGAGUGAGAUAAAUAUUCAGUUACCAGAAAUUGGCAGCCAUUAUGAUUUGAGGAGAUCAAUAACACCAUCUAGAUGCAAGCCAAAGGAUAUGAAAGCGGAAGAUUUGGAAAGAUUGAUUGAAUCAGAGAAGGAGCGUCGCAUGUGCGUUGUGUGUCAAGACAGAACCAAAUCUGUGCUCAUUUUGCCGUGCAGACAUAUGUGUCUAUGUAUUCAGUGUGGAAACAAUAUCGCAAGAACGAGAAAUCGAGAUAGACGAAAAUGUCCCCUCUGUCGAUCAAAAAUCAAUACUAUCAUGAAUGUUUAUGUUUGAAAUUUUAGGCUGUGUGUAGAAUACAGAUACUACUGCACGAACCACUGACUCAUCAGCUGGGAACUGCCCAUCAACAAGUGUUUCUAUGGAAUAUGUUUAUGUGGAAACCUUAAUGUUGUAACAAUUUGUCGAAUCAAACAUGUCAUAUGUACCACAUGUAAUAAAUUAAUGUUUGACAUAACUUCCUACAGUUUCUUUAUCAAGAGAUAUGCAAUAUAAUAGAGACAUAUUAUGUGGUCAUGCAAAGAUUGUUAUAACCACAAAAUAAGUUUGGGGUUUAUUGUAACAGUGAUGAAAGUUUAUGUUUGAUGACGUGAGUAAUAGCUAUGAAUCAUGAGGGUUUGUAUUGGAGUAUAGUGUUUAUGGAUAGAUCUAUAUGAUAAAGGAUAGAUAGAGUUCAUUGUAAGGCUUUAUAAUGUUAAGUACCAAAAGGAAGCUAUUAUACAAGACAUGUUAACAGUGUAUCAUUUAUAAUUUAUCAGUUCUCAUGCCAUUGGAAUGGUAUUGGUUGUGUGUUAUUUGUUAUGCGGUUUACAAUUUGUCUGGGUGUCUGUUUUGACUUAAAAUAUUUGCAUAAAUUUUAAAAGCAAAUCAAUUGCUAUUAUGCUUUUGGAAUGGUAUUGGUUUUUGUUUUGCUAUUUUGUUGAGCAGUUCAUAAUUUUUGGUGGAUGUCCGUUUUGACUUAAAUAUUUGCUUAAAUUGGGCGACACUUUAAAAGCAAUGCUAACAGGCUAGACGAUCUGUCUUUUCUCAUUGGUUUUGUAAGAGGAAGGUUACAUUUGUGAAACUUUUACUGGUGCUGAAUGAAAUAUGUUUUCCUAACUCAUUCAUAAUUGUAUUUGAAUUAUGUUAAUAAAAUAUUUUGCUUAACACUGCGACAAAAUUACAAUGUGCCAGUUUUGCUUCAAUCGUACAUUUUUGUCAUCACCAUAUUCUCAGUAAAUAAUAUUGUAUUAGUGUUAAGCCUUUACAGACAUAAUGAUAUUUGUUUAGCUUGAAUUUUUAUUCUUUAUUUUUUUACUUUAAUCUUUUUUAAUACUUAUUACCCAGUUUAUAAGUGACAUUUUCCAUGAGACAGUAGAGUUUUGAUAACCAUUUAGCAGUGGUUUGGGUAAGCCAGGCUAAAGGCAUGUGCAUUGUUCCAGAUUAGCCUUUGCAGUCAGCACAGGCUUAUGUGGUGCAACACUUCGCUUUUAUGGUAUUUUUUGUUUAAUGGAAGAGCCUUCUAAGUCAAUAUCUUGUUGAGGCAGACAGUGUGAUCUCUUUUUAGCCUGUGUGGACAGCAGAUGCUAAUCUGUUACGACAUGUCACAUAUAUGCAUUAGGCCCGGUUUUCACAGAACUCUGCUCAUUUAUAACGUGUUUUUUUGUCGCUAUGAGAAGUAUUUCAAUAGAAGUAAAUUCAGCCUAAUAUUAGCUCAGCUGUUUUCGGAGAAAACCGGAGGUAUUGUCAUAGCCAGCCCGUCGUGUCCGUCAUCUCCGCCGUCCGCGUCGUGCUAAAACCUUCACAUUUUGCUCUAAAAUCAAAGUGCUUCCACCUACAACUUUGAAACUUCAUAUGUAGCUGCAUCUUCAUGAGUUCUACACCCCACACCCAUUUUUGGGUCUCUAGGUCAAAGGUCAAGAUCACUGUGACCGCUAAAAAAGAUAAAUUCUGACAAGCUUUCGCAGCCAAGCGUGGCACCCGUUUUGCAGUGCUCUUGUAUGUCAUAAUUGUACUAUUUUACUAUUUCUGUGAGUGUUAAGUAAGGGACCAUGCAUUGUUUUCUCUCUAUAUUUUUUCUGGUUAAAGAACCAAUUCUGAACGCCAAUAUGAUUAAAAUUGUUGAUCAUGAAACAACUAGUCACCAAAGGUGGUAUAUUAAGACUACUGUAUGUAAACACAUAUUUGUACCAAUAUCACACUAAAUAUGAUUGUUCAUUAUUUAAAAAAUUAUUUGCUAAUUGAAAUUACAUGUACUACCCGGUAUUUUUAUUAAGUGUUUCUCAAUGUUUGUGUUUUCACAAGGUCGAAUUCCAUAUAUUCAUGAGAAUCAGAACAAAUUGUUGCAAAAGCAAUUUCAAUUUUGUGUAUAUACUGUAACAAUUUAGUUUACCCUAACCCCUUUCCCACUCAGCAGCUAAGUGGAAAGGGCUUAUGAAACCAGUGCAAAUCAGAACAGCCUGGGAGUAACUGUUCAGGUUUUAUGUUGUUUGCUGCUCAUCAGUAUCUUAGGGUUGGAAAAGAAGCCUUUAAAACAAAUUGAAUCAAGUAAGAGAGGUCUAUAAUUUAAUUUAAUUAGAUUUACUAAGAGACUUUAAAUGUGUAAAAGUAUGUAUCUGAGUAGUGAAGGGUUUAUCUAUCAGAUAAGCCUAAGACAUAUCUGGGCUCUUAUAUUGAGGAAAGUUAAUAUUAACGGUGUAGAUCUGCAUACAUGUAGAAGACUAAAAGCAAACAUUAUUGUUUACUUCUAUGUUUGAUUGAAACAUUGAUGUAUCUAUUUAGACUAUUAUUCUCAAUCACUUAUACUUGCAGAUAUUUAUAAUAUUUCCAUACUUGCUUAUUUUUUUAUGCUUUUUAUUCGACAUGAUCAUUUCAUUAUUUCAUGAUUCAUAUUCUUGCAAUAUCUGUUGACAUUAUCAUAAUUAAUGUUUGUUUCAUGCAGUUAUCCUCAAAUCUUGCAGCAAUGCUUUAGAUUUACUGUUUUAAAGCCUGCCUUCUUAAUCAUUUGAGCCUCAAUCUGGGAAAACAGGGCUUAAUACAUUUGCGUAAAAUAUUGCCUCAGAUUAGUUUGUGCAGUCUGCACAAUGUAAUCAAGUAUGACACUUUCAGCUUUUACUUGAAUAUUUUGUUCAGUGUUAGUCUCUUCAAAUGAAAUUCUACUGAAAUGUCAUCCCUGAUUAGUGUGUGCAUACUGCACCAAUGUCAUCCCUGAUUAGUGUGUGCAUACUGCACAGAUGUCAUCCCUGAUUAGUGUGUGCACACUGCACAGAUGUCAUCCCUGAUUAGUGUAUGCAUACUGCACAGAUGUCAUCCCUGAUUAGUGUGUGCAUACUGCACAGAUGUCAUCCCUGAUUAGUGUGUGCAUACUGCACAGAUGUCAUCCCUGAUUAGUGUGUGCAUACUGCAAUGUCAUCCCUGAUUAGUGUGUGCAUACUGCACAAAUGUCAUCCCUGAUUAGUGUGUGCAUACUGCACAUAUGUCAUCCCUGAUUAGUGUGUGCAUACUGCAAUGUCAUCCCUGAUUAGUGUGUGCAUACUGCACAAAUGUCAUCCCUGAUUAGUGUGUGCAUACUGCACAGAUGUCAUCCCUGAUUAGUGUGUGCAUACUGCACAGAUGUCAUCCCUACUUAGUGUGUGCAUACUGCAAUGUCAUCCCUGAUUAGUGUGUGCAUACUGCACAAAUGUCAUCCCUGAUUAGUGUGUGCAUACUGCACAGAUGUCAUCCCUGAUGAGUGUGUGCAUACUGCACAUAUGUCAUCCCUGAUUAGUGUGUGCAUACUACACAGAUGUCAUCCCUGAUUAGUGUGUGCAUACUGCAAUGUCAUCCCUGAUUAGUAUGUGCAUACUGCACAGUCAUCCCUGAUUAGUGUGUGCAUACUGCACAGUCAUCCCUGAUUAGUGUGUGCAUACUGCCCAGUCAUCCCUGAUUAGUGUGUGCAUACUGAAAUGUCAUCCCUGAUUAGUGUGUGCAUACUGAAAUGUCAUCCCUGAUUAGUGUGUGCAUACUGCAAUGUCAUCCCUGUUUAGUGUGUGCAUACUGAAAUUUCAUCCCUGAUUAGUGUGUGCAUACUGCAAUGUCAUCCCUGAUUAGUGUGUGCACACUGAAAUGUCAUCCCUGAUUAGUGUGUGCAUACUGAAAUGUCAUCCCUGAUUAGUGUGUGCAUACUGCAAUGUCAUCCCUGAUUAGUGUGUGCAUACUGCACAGAUGUCAUCCCUGAUUAGUGUGUGCACACUGAAAUGUCAUCCCUGAUUAGUGUGUGCAUACUGCAGAGAUGUCAUCCCUGAUUAGUGUGUGCAUACUGCACAGGUUAAUCUGGAACAACACUUUAAAGGGACCUUUUCACAGAUUUUGGCAUGUAUUGAAGUUUGUCAUUAAAUGCUUUAUAUUGAUAAAUGUAAAAAUAGGAUCUAAAAAGCUCCAGUAAAAAACAUUAAUACUAUUAAUGAAAGAAAAAAAGGUUCCCAGCUCAACAGAGCUCGAACCACUGAUUCUGGAGUAAAAGUUGAACGCUUAGACCCAUCGGCCAUCCAUAUUUAUAGAGAAAAUGAUAUAUAUUAUACUGAAUAUAAACAAUCCUCGUAGUGUCACAAAAUUUAACGACAACAACAGAACUCUCCAAAUUAUUCAAUCUACUGCACAGGCUAAUCAGGGACAACAAUUUCCGUCUAAUCUGGAUAUUUUCUAAGAAGAGACUUCAUAAACAGAAAAAAAAAACAUAAAAGUUGAAAUUGUCGUCCCUGAUUAGCCUGUGCGGACUGCACAGGCUAAUCUGGUAUGACACUUUACGCACAUUCAUUAAACCCCUUUUUCACAGAGCAUGGCUCAAUUAUAAGAAGUAGGUACUGGUAUAAUAAACCAGAUCAGUUGUACAAAGUCUAGAAAAGAACUACAGUAGAGAUGUAGAUAUGUUAUCUAGUGGUAAGUCACUUUUGUUGACAACUUAAAGGACCCUGGCUCAGCGGCAUCACCUUCUUACCCAUUUUUUGUUGUCCCUUAUUAGUAUGUGCAGACUGCACAGGCUUAUCUGGGACGACACUUUUCACACAUGCUUUAAACCCCGUUUUCCAAAAGAGAGGCUCUAAUGUUUGUGCAUGUUGAUUUUAUUUGAAAUGCUUGUUCAUCCAAGUUUUGACCAUUUUAUGUUUAUAGUUGGUUACAUUGGUUAUAGUUGGUGAUCUGUUAUAGAAAAGGGGAAUAAGAAAAAGAAUUUCACUCCUGAUAAAGUUUCUGGAGUUUCUAUGUUAUCUAUAUUAAUAUUUAUAACAUAAUUAUAAUGUAUACUCUUGUAUUAUCUGUUGAUAUUAUGUGUGUCUCAUCCAGUUAUAUGUUAACCGCACAAUUUAUGACAAUAAAGGCAUUUUUUUA